AUGGAGCCUGAAGCCAGAAGAGCAGAAAGACUCACCUACAGAGAGCCAUAUCCGGCUUACAUUGAUCAGAUACCUCUAUCACCAAGUUUCAAGGUCCCAAACUUCAAAUUGUUCAACGGAGAGGACCCCCAUGCUUCAUCAGUUAAGCAUAUAGGCAGGUUUUCUGUCCAGUGCAUAGCUAUAGAAAAUAAUUCUCUACUAAAGCUAAGGAUUUUUGGAAAUUCUCUCUCUGGACAAGCCUUCACUUGGUACAUCAGUGUACCAGCCAAUUCUUUUCAAACUUGGGAGCAUAUGGAAAACGUCUUCCAUGACUACUAUUUCAGGAUCCAGCCAGAAGUCACCAUCAGUGAUCUUGCUGCCCUCAAACAGAAUGAAGAUGAACCUGCUCAGGACUUUAUAACCAGAUUCAGAAAGCUCAAAAUGAAGUGUUGGAUCCCUAUGGAAGAAAGACACUUCAUUCAUAUGGCUCAAGCCACCCACAAAAUCUCUCUGAGAAAAAGAUUUGAUAGGAUGCUGUUUGGAGAUCUAGCAGAACUGGCAGAUAAAGCAUCUAAAUAUGAGGAGCUGCUUAGGGAAGAACAACAGAAGAUGAACUCUUCCAAAGGCACAUACUACAAGACUCCUUCUUCUUCAGUCAAUCUAGUUGAGGUAGAAUCAGAAGAAGACACAGAAGGCUCAGAGGAAAGAGAAAUUGUAGUAGCAGAGAUGGCAACAUGA